CGCGGCUGAGGGAGGUUUAUGGAUCUGUGUGCUGUAUAAUUCUGGAUGGUGGAGCAAAUCACACAGUGAAAUCUCCGUCUGUUUUGUCCUAUGCUUUAAAUGUGCUCAAGAUAGGCUAUAUGCAGCAGCAUCAUAAUCUAUCCUUCUCUGGUAACGAGAUCCCCUCAGUGCGUGAAUGUAUAAAGAGAAAGUCAAAGCCCGGAAAUGAGAAAGGAAAGGACUGGUAAAUGGCAUAUGGGAAUUGCAAUAGAAGACAAUGCAUCCAGACCGGCUUUAAUUGAUCAGAUCGCAUUGAUCGCUUCUUUUGGAGGAUGCUGAAUGAAGAGCGUUCAGGCUGACAGUAUUCUUCAGGACUAAAAUCAUCCUGCUUCACUUCAAGCUCUGCGUCCCUCGAUGAUGCUGCACUGAACGAGAAAUGUAGCCUAAAAAUGGACAUAGCCCUGAAUACUCUGGGAGAGAUUUCUAAACUUUAACAGUGGGAUCAGCAUCAGGACCAGACACGAGAAAAACAAACGAAAACGCUUUUUCGGCGCACGCCAGACGUUUAAAGUUGGUCCCUGGCGGGCCGCCGUUGAGAUGGGAGAAAACGUGUCGAAGAGACUGAAGUUGGCCACAGGCGGAGAGUCAGAGAUGGAGGAGCGCAGUUUCAUAAACCCAUUUCCGGACUGGGACCAGGGAGUGCUUGUGUCAAAUUCAGGAGCUGACAGUAACAGCAACGACCCCUUUGACGCGAAUGGAAAGAUCAGUGAUGCCUUUGAGAACAAAAUGCAGCACAAGAUCAGAGAUCUUCUACAACAAAUGGAGGAGGGACUGAAGACUGCAGAUCCACAUGAUUUUUCCACAUAUACGGGCUGGACAGGCAUAGCCCUGUUAUACCUGCAGCUUCAUCGUGUCACCCACGAGGCCUCGCACCUGCAGCGUGCUCUGGAUUAUGUCAGACGCACACUGCGCAACCUGAACGGCCGGCGUGUCACCUUCUUAUGUGGAGACGCCGGGCCUCUUGCCGUAGGCGCCGUUGUACACCACCGAUUAAAAAAACAGUCUGAGUCCCAGGAGUGCCUCACUAAAUUGCUCCAGCUCCAGCGUUCAGUCCUCAGUCCCGACUCCGACAUUCCUGACGAGCUUCUGUAUGGGCGGGCCGGCUACCUUUAUGCCCUGCUUUACGUCAACAAAGAAAUCGGACCUGAAACGGUGGACUUGACCACCAUUGCUAAGGUGGUGACUGCUAUUUUGGAGUCGGGGAAGAACUUGUCCAAAGAGGAGAAGAAAACAGAGCGAUGCCCGCUGCUUUACGAGUGGCACAAGAAACAGUAUGUAGGAGCAGCCCAUGGUCUGGCAGGCAUCUACUACAUGCUCAUGCAGCCCAGUGCUAAAAUAAAUCAGGAUGUUUUGAAUGAGCUGGUCCGGCCCAGUGUCGAUUAUUUGCGGCACAAGAAGUUCCGCUCUGGCAAUUACCCAUCAUCCCUGAGCAACGAGACAGACAGACUGGUACACUGGUGUCAUGGAGCACCUGGGGUGGUGCAUAUGCUUAUCAUGGCUCAUACAGUGUUCAAGGAUGAUAAGUACCUGAAAGAUGCUGUUGAAUGUGGAGAGGUGGUCUGGCAGAGAGGUUUACUGAGGAAAGGGUACGGCAUCUGCCACGGCACUGCUGGGAACGGAUACGCCUUUCUUUCCCUCUACCACAUCACACAGGAUAAGAAGUAUCUGUAUCGUGCCUGCAAGUUUGCUGAAUGGUGUCUAGACUAUGGAACCCAUGGCUGCCGUAUUCCUGAUCGGCCUUACUCUCUUUUUGAAGGUAUGGCCGGAGCCAUCCAUUAUCUCUCAGAUCUAAUCCAGCCUGAGGCUUCCUGCUUCCCUGCUUUUGAACUUUGACCUGUGCGUUUGGAAGCAUAGACUCUUACUCCUUUAUCUGGAGCUUUACAUGCUUUCAGUGCACAUUUGGUGGUAUGAUUACUUUGCCCUGGAAUGACCCUUUAACAUGAAGAAGACAAAAUAAUUUCUUCCUCAUCAGAACAGACGCAAAAAAAUCCAAACUUCAGCCUAUAACUUCAAACAUUGCUGUCGCGUUCUGUUUUUGUAGCUAAUAGUCUUUAUCCACAUGUUGUUGUUGUAUUUUCAUUUGGACUAUUUUAUGCAAAGAUUAGAUUUUUAAUUUCUGUUUUAACAUCUUCCAUCGUGUCCUAACCAGGUGCAACGUGACAAUUCCAGCGACAAGCAAGAACACAAAAAUGCUGUGAGAUGCGGCAGAAUCACAGCCGAUCAGUAGAAACUUAGGUUUAUUUGUUGUAAUCUGGAGCUUGAUUUUGGACCAGUGAGAUUUAAUAGUGAGUUGAGCAACCCACCAUGAUGCCGAAGAAAAAGAAACUUAAGUUAUUGAAAAAUAAAUGAUCUCGCUUGUCUGGUUAGGACACGGUUUUAUGUCAUAAUGUUCUGCUAAAAAACCUGGCAUCUGCAUCGAUUCGAUUGUUUCUGUCAUGCACUGGGACGUUUGUGCCCAUGUGAAAGUGGUUUACUUGUCCAGGACCUGUCUAUGUUGUCUUUGCAUGAGGAUGGCAACACGUGUUUAUGUUGGAAUGUGAAUGUGCCAGUGUAUGUGUGCCUUUAGGUAAAAUAUUGUUGUUUUGUAUGCUCUGUGUCCAAGUGUUUCGUUCCAGUCGCCAUUGGUACAGUACAUGUCUCAAUAAAAGAAAGAAUCAGUUGUACCUGAAAGAAUGACCUGUUCUGUUGAAAUUUUUCUGAGGCAAACUGUGUUAAGAAUGUUGCAAUAAACUGGGCUUUUUGGAACCGGUAAAAAAUGAACAUGUCUGAAUAUACUGUAUCUAUGAAUACAGCAGAAUAUGUACUGUGUACUGUAAGUUAUAGCUACCAUUUUCCUUUUCCUUUGUUUUAAGUUUUUUCACAGGGUUUGAAUUGACGAAUUCACUAAACAGUUGCA